AGGCGUGGCCUGCGUACGUAUUGCGGAAGUGAUCGGCGCAACCGUACAAUUGAGUCCAUCAUAGGACUUCAUUACUGUUCAUACACAUUUCACCAGAGACACGAGAGGAACGAUUUGCAUUUGGAGCUUAAUGUUCAGAUGAGGUCUCAACCAGUUGACUCUUCUUGUCAUCCUUUUUUGUGAUGGCAACUCUCCAUUUUACCAUCUUCAUUCUCCUCCUGUUUCUCUCCACUUUUGCUCUUUUACUUCUGACCCAUUUGCAGUACGGCAUCCAGUCAUUUCCUUUUCAGUCACCUCCAGCGCCAUCCUGUGAUUCAGGUCAGUCAUGGGCUGUCAGACUUCAUGCUGACCCACAUCAUGAGGAUGAACUGGAAUGUGAGGAGCUUGAUGUCAUUGCCAACCAGGUGGCAGAACAGGCUGGGCUGCACAACCAGGGCCAAAUUGGACACUUAGAAGGCCACUACUUGCUGUGUUCGUCUCAUCCCGGUGCUAAUGUUUGGAGGAAUAAUCUCCAUCCUGGGAAAGUGCUGGCAAACCAUCCGAAUGUCCUUUGGUACUCCCAGGAGAGGGUGCUCAGCCGCUCGAAACGAUCUAUGGCUUUUAAUGACCCCCAUUACCCUAAACAGUGGCACUUGCACAAUGGUGUUAAUAAGGACAUGGACAUCAAUGUGACCGGCAUAUGGGAGCACAACAUCACUGGCCAAGGAGUCACUGUGGUGGUGGUCGAUGACGGGGUACAACACACCCAUAAAGACCUCAAACCCAAUUAUAGUCCAGAGGGCAGCUAUGAUCUGAACUCCAAUGACCCAGACCCUAUGCCUCACCCGGAUGUGCACAGUGACAACCACCACGGUACUCGAUGUGCUGGUGAAAUCGCUGCAGUUCCCAACAACAGCUUUUGUGCUGUGGGCGUCGCGUAUGGCAGUAAGGUGGCAGGGAUAAGGGUCCUGGACGGCCCCUUGACGGAUAGCCUGGAGGCCAUAGCCUUCAACAAACACUACCAAGUCAACGACAUCUACAGCUGCAGUUGGGGUCCUGAUGAUGAUGGACACACUGUGGAUGGACCCCAUCCUUUGGGCAAGGCUGCACUUCAGCACGGAGUCAUUGCAGGAAGACGUGGUUUUGGAAGCAUCUUUGUGGUUGCCAGUGGCAAUGGAGGUCAAUACAAUGACAAUUGCAACUAUGAUGGUUAUGCCAACUCCAUCUACACCAUCACCAUUGGAGCUGUUGACGAGAAUGGCAGGAUGCCCUUUUAUGCUGAAGAGUGUGCAUCCAUGUUGGCUGUCACAUUCAGCAGCGGAGGGAAUAAGCUCAGGAGCAUUGUAACGUCGGACUGGUUCAUGCAGCAGGGGACAGGCUGUACAGAGAGCCACACUGGCACGUCCGCCGCCGCCCCCUUGGCAGCCGGCAUGGUGGCUCUCAUGCUCCAGGUCCGACCUUGCCUCGGUUGGAGGGACGUCCAGCACAUCAUCGCCUUCACUGCCACCAAGUGUGACAACAGUUCAGACUGGAGGGAGAACGGGGCCGGUUUCCAUCACAGUCAUCAGCAUGGUUUCGGUCUCCUCAACGCAUGGAAACUUGUUAACGCAGCCAAGAUAUGGGAGCCAGUGCCAUUUCUUGUAUCCUAUCAGAGCUCGGUAUUCGACGAGAAAGUGUCCAUUCCAUCGUAUCCCAAGGAGCUGGUUCGCACCUGGAAAGUCACUGCUGCUGACUUGGCACUGUCCGGAAUGCGGACACUGGAACAUGUGGCUGUUACGGUGACAAUAACCCACCCUUGCCGUGGCAACCUGGAGAUUGUGUUGUUCUGUCCCAGCGGUAUUCCAUCGGUCAUUGGGGCUCGACGGGCUAUUGACAGAGACUCUGCAGGCUACCAGGACUGGACAUUCUCCACUGUGCGUUGCUGGGGGGAGAGAGCUGACGGUCAAUACUACCUCAAGCUAUCUGACCAUAAGGAACCAUCAUCUCAACAAUGUGCCAGUGUGGGGGAAUUAAAGCAGUGGAAGUUGACUCUGUACGGAUCUUCUCUGACCUUCAAGGAUGUCAAGGACAGACAAAUGCUGGUGAGGGAUGCCAUGAGUGGCAAAUAUCUGCACAGCAACUUCUCCUUGCCUUGCUCCCCGGGCCUUGAUAUUCCUUCAGAGAUGAUCAGUCCGUUCACCUCAAGCAGUCUCAGGUUUCUGCUCCUGCUUGGCUGCUUUGCAUUGUUUUGGUCUCUCUACUACAUAUUGGAGGCCGCCAUGGCCCACCUGGACCUCAGAUGCCUUCAAUGCCUGUCCUGGAGGAAAACAGGUCACAGAGUCAGGAAUGGGCGUCGAGUGGAGGAGGCAUUAGAUGAGGAGGACGAAGGCAGUCAGGAGCGGGAAUCUGGGGUCGAGCUGCAUGCAGUGCAUGACUCAGAGGCCAAAAUGCCACUUAUCGAUCGAGACAUGAUGACGACAUGACAGAGCCCGAAAUUGGGACAAAGGUUCUCUUUGGCUGUCUCAGGUUUCCCCCUCGACCUUCUCCACCCAGUUCACUGUGGUUUGUCUUACUGUGCAAUGUAGACUGUUGAUUGAACUGUGGAUGGAGUUCACUGUGGAGCGGAGCAUUUUAAAUGCGAUUCACACGCCAGGGCUUCUGUGAACAUCUUUUUGGAAUGUGACUGUGCAGCCAUCGCUCACAAAACACUUGAGAGAAAACCAAAAGGAAUUCAAGUCUCAGUAAAACCGCUUGUUGCAGAAGAAUUUGCUAUUCCUUGUGGGGAAUGUAAUGUAUGCACUUUAUAAAAAGGUAUCAAUAUGCUGUGAGCGAGCAGUUGUUUGAGUCUGAUUCGUGUGAGUGUGAGAAGUGGCCUCAUUUAAAAAAAUCUGAUAUGAAAAUAAAAAGGUAUUUUUGAUGGAGGAUAAAUUGCAUUUGACGUUAAAGCCCAGGAGACCUACUUGUGGCUGAUGAUCAACCAACUACUGAAAAAAACUUGACGUGGAUUUUUCAAUUGUGGAUUGUGCACACCUAUAGUUUUUACUGAAGUGUUGCUUAUAUAUGCCUUAUAUAACGUACAUAAUUUGUGCUGCCUAUGAAACAAUGUUUUUAUACAGUUUUUUUUGAAGAUGUACAAGUUCUCUUUACUGUUGUACAGUUAAAGAGGAGUUGCAAAUUGUGCUUUGCUGUGCAAGUCACAUGAAUGACAAUAAAGGACUUGAAGUAUC